CUGGCCCGGUUCCGUCCGCGUCUUCUCCCGGCGGAGUCCUGGUCGCCUGGUCGGCAUCGCCGCCCGCCCGCCCCCACCCCAACCUCCUUCCUCCGAUUCUAUCUCCCCUCGUGCGCGGCGGGAAUCGCAGAUAAAAGCAGCUUCGGAGUCCGCGGAACGGAAGGCCGUUCGGUUCAGCAAGGAGUCCGGCCAGUGAGAGCGUGGUACCCGGCGAGAUGAAGCACCUGGCCGGUGGCAAGGGCGGCGCGGUGGGCCGACCUGUGCCGCGGUUCAGGUGCCAGGAGUGCCACGGCGCGCUUGCCGUCGUCGGGGUCGCCGACAGGCUCCCGCCCUGCGGUAUGCAUGCAUCUGCUGUUAUUAUGGGCACAAUCAGGAUGGAUAAUUCUUAUGUAGUAUUAUCGAAGAAGGACAGACCUAAAGGUCUUGGAAUUCCCCCACGGCCACCAACUUCAGCAUCCACACAUAUUGAACCUAACCAACGAACAAGGGUGAUAGAGGACUCAUAUAUUAUGCUUCCACCUUCUACUGCUUCCAUAUACAAGACAUCUUCCUCUGAAGAAGAUGGUGCACAGCUGCUGCCACCAAGUGUAAACUCCAGUAGCUCUUCACUAGGAAAUAAUUCUGGAUUUUUCUCUAGUGCAACUGUAUUAAAAAGAGCAUUUGAGAUUGCUACCUCACAAACUCAGGUUGAGCAGCCACUUUGUCUGGAAUGUAUGAGAGUUCUUUCUGAUAAGAUGGAUUUUGAGAUUGAAGAUAUUAAUUAUGAUAUUAAAGCUUAUGAGGCUUGUCUUCAAAAUCUGGAGCAAGAAUCCUACAGCAUCCUCAGUGAAACAGAUUUUCAGAAUGAGAAACAAAAGAUUGAUAAAGAAGAAAAGAAACUUAAAGCUGAUAUUGAAGAAGCUGAAAAGCAAUAUUCAGAAGUUAUUUCUGAGAUGAAAAAUCUUGAAACAAAAUCUAAACAAUUUGAGGAAUUGGAAGAGCGGUAUUGGCAAGAAUUCAACAGCGUUCAGUUUCUGCUGACAUCUCAUCAGGAAGAAAGAAAUGCCAUUUCGGCCAAAAUAGAAGAUUAUCAGACCCACUUGGAAAUGUUAAAGAGUACAAAUGUUCUGAAUGAUGCAUUCAACAUUUCUCAAUAUGGAGUAUUUGGAACAAUAAAUAAUCUCCGUCUUGGACACACUCAUGUGGUUGAGUGGGAUGAGAUAAAUGCUGCUUGGGGUCAGGCUGCCCUUUUGUUGCAUACCAUGGCUCAGUAUUACACCCCGAAAUUUCAAUACCGGAUCAAGAUUCACGCUAUGGGAAGCUAUCCAAGAAUCACGGACAUCAAUAACAAAACACAUAAACUGUUUGGUCCAGCAAAUGUGUUGUUCAGCACCCAAUAUGAUGAAGCCAUGAAAUGGUUUCUGAUGUGCCUGCAAGAGUUUGUUGAUUUUGCUGUAAGUUUGGAUAAAGAGAACAACGUUCCACCUGACGAGUUAUUGAAGCUCCCCUAUAAGAUUGAUGGUGACAAAGUAGGGGGCUACAGGGUCGUCCUAGGUGAUUUCAAUACAAGGGAGAAUUCGACAAAGGCGCUGAAGAACAUGCUCCGCGAUUUGAAUUGGGUUCUCUUCUGGUUUAUCGGCACCACAAGCUUUGCACUGCCCUCGGGAGCAUUGCACACGCAGAUAUGAGGUUUCGUCUAGCUUGAACAGUUAGAUACUUAUAUUAGCAUAGUUUCAGUACAUGCUGAAUUACUGACCCCCUAGGAGCUGAUUUUAGUCCCCCAACCCCCAUAGCGACAAUACGACGCAUUUGAUGUUACAUAACUAGCAUGUAUAUUUUAAAAAAAAACUUUUGUCACUCGUUGCUUGCAAACUGCUCCUGUUCUUUAUGUGCUCAAGACUUUUUUCCCCUCAGAAAACUGGACAGGCCAGGAGCUGUGCCAUUCAAUUGAUAAGAUGGAAAAGAA